CUGGGGUCAAUUUUGAAGACUCAACACCUCCAAUAUGGCAACCACAUACGACGCCGUCGUCGUAGGCGCCGGUCCCGGGGGCAUGGCCGCCGUAGCAGCCCUGCUCGACGCGGGAGCUCAAAAGAUCCUCUGGGUCGACCCGGCCUGGCAAGGAGGACGAUUGAACAGCCUGUACCGGGAGAUUUCAUCAAACACGACUGUCGCAAUCUACCUGAAAGCGAUCAACUCCUCCCAAGCCCUGCGCGCAAUCACCGACUCCACCCCGGCCCCCAACGCAGUCACAGCCCUCGAAGCCAUGGACCACAAUUCCACCUGCCAGCUCAGCGUCGCCGGCGACAUGAUCUGCAUGCUGAUCGAGGGGUUGCUCGCGCGCCCGGAGGUCGAGAAACUGACCGCUACAGUCGAGGAAGCGCAUCUUGACAACAACCUCUGGACCCUAACGACCACCCCCGCCUCACCCACCCCGAUCAAAACCGCCCGGACGAUCCUCAGCACCGGCGCGCACCCGCGCACCCCCACCACCCACCAAAAAUACAACCCCAACCUCCACCAACUAGACCUAGACACCUGCAUGCGCCGCUCGCUCCUCCCGUCCCUCCUGCCCCGCAACCAACCCUCCACCAUCGCCGUAAUCGGCAACUCCCACUCCGGCAUCCUCGUCGUGCGCAACCUCUACGAGCUCGCGCAGUCGAGCCCCGCCCACCGCGCCAUCACAAUCCUCAACCUCCACCGCCGCCCCAUCAAAUACGCCAUCUACACCGACAACGGCAUCAUCUUCGACAACACCGGCCUGAAAGGCGCGACGGCGGAAUGGGCCCGCGAGGUGUUGGAGCGGUCCCCGGAUCCGGAGAUCGUGCGGUUCGUCGACGAUGGCGAGGACGAGGAGGCCGCGUUCCGGGAGUGGUUGCCGCGGUGUACGCAUGUGGUGUGGGCGGUGGGGUAUGAGCGCGGCCCGAUUCCGAGGGUGUAUGUGGAGGGAGGCAGGGUGGAUGGGAGUCUGGAGUUUGAUAUGCGGUCGUCGGGGUUUCGGGUCCCGGCGUGGGAAGAGAGUCCCGAGGUGACAGGGCUGUAUGGCACGGGGAUCGCGUUUCCGGAGGAGGUCGAGGAUCCGGAGGGCCAUGUGGAGGCGGCGGUGGGCGUGGCGAAAUUCGUGGCGUUUACGCAGAGGGUCAAGGGGCGGUGGAUGGGGAGGGUUUAGUGGAGAUGUGUGAG